CCGUAUAGGCGGGAGCGCGCGCCGGACUGGACGCCAUAGACUGGCUGGCGUGCACGGGUGAAGAAGCUACGCGUGGCGCCCGGGCCUCGGCGAUGGCUCACAGGCCGAAGAGGACUUUCCGGCAGCGCCGAGCCCACUCUAGUGACAGCGACGGCGCCGAGGAGCCGUCUGCUGAACCCGGGGCGCCGGAGGAGCAGACGGCUCUGGGCCUUACGGAGGAAGGGCCGCCCUCCGGAGGGGGACGUGUGGAGGUGACGGCCCGGCGUGGUCCGGGCCGGGGCCCUCGGGGCCGGGGCCGGGUGUGGGCAAGUUCCCGGCGCGCCGCGGGAGCGGCUCCGCGCGCUGAGGGCGGCUCCGGCGUCCCAGAAUCCAGAAUGGUUGAUCUUUCGACAGAUGAAGAGGGUGAAACAUCUCAUUCCUCAGAAAGUAAGGAUGAUCAGAGUUCAUCAUCCAACAGCUCUACCUCUCUGGAAGAAGAAUUUUCAUCAAUAGUAAAUAUCCCUGAUGCAGCUUUUAUUCAGGCAGCCCGCAGAAAACGUGAAUUGGCCAGGGCCCGAGAUGACUAUAUCUCUUUGGAUGUAAAACAUACCUCUGCCAUCACGGGGAUGCAGAAAAACAGUGAUGAAGAUCCUGAGAGUGAGCCUGACAACCACGGAGAGAGAAUACCAUUUACCCCGAAGCCUCAAACCCUUAAGCAAAGGAUGGCUGAAGAAACAACAUCCAGAAAUGAAACAAGUGAAGAAAGUCAGGAAGAUGAAAAUCAAGAUAUUUGGGAACAACAGCAAAUGAGGAAAGCAGUUAAAAUCACAGAGGGACGAGACCUAGAUCUUUCCUACAGCAGUGAACCUCAAACAGUAAAGAAGUUUGAUACUUCGAUUUCAUUACCACCAGUAAAUUUAGAAAUUAUAAAGAAGCAAUUAAAUACUAGAUUAACAUUGCUACAAGAUACUCACCGCACACACCUGAGGGAAUAUGAAAAAUAUAUACAAGAUGUCAAGAGCUCAAAGAGUACCAUCGAGAACCUAGAGAAUUCAUCAAAUCAAGCCCUAAAUUUCAAAUUCUAUAAAAGCAUGAAAAUUUAUGUGGAAAAUUUAAUUGACUGUCUUAAUGAAAAGAUUAUCAGCAUCCAAGAAAUAGAAUCAUCCAUGCAUGCACUCCUUUUAAAACAAGCCAUGACCUUUAUGAAACGCAGGCAAGAUGAAUUAAAACAUGAAUCAACGUAUUUACAGCAGUUAUCACGCAGAGCUGAGACAUCAACAAAUGAAAGCUUGGCUGUAGAUGAAAAAACUCAAUGGAUUUUAGAAGAGAUUGAAUCUCGAAGGUCACAAAGAAGACAAGCAAGGGCACUUUCUGGAAAUUGUGAUCAUCAGGAAGGGACAUCUAGUGAUGAUGAACUAUCUUCAGCAGACAUGAAUGCCUUCCAAAAGACCCAAGGUGACAUUUCACAGGAUCGUAAGAAGAUUUUUGAAGAUGUACAUGAUGAUUUUUGUAAUAUCCAGCAUAUUUUGUUGAAAUUUCAACAAUGGCGAGAAAAGUAUCCUGAUUCUUAUUAUGAAGCUUUCAUUAGUUUGUGCAUACCGAAGCUUUUAAAUCCCCUAAUCCGAGUUCAGUUGAUUGAUUGGAAUCCUCUUAAGUUUGAUGCCAUAGGUUUAAAACAGAUGCUGUGGUUCACAUCUAUAGAAGAAUUUAUGGCUAGUAGUAUGGAGGAUUCAAAGAAGGAAGAUAGUUCUGAUAAGAAAAUCUUGUCCGCUGUCGUCAACAAAACAAUUAUUCCUCGACUUACAGACUUUGUAGAAUUCAUUUGGGAUCCCUUGUCGACCUCACAGACAACAAGUUUAAUAACACACUGCAGAGUGAUUCUUGAAGAACUUUCCACUUGUGCAAAUGAAGUUAGUAAAGGCAAACAGGAUUUACUUAAAUCCAUUGUUGUGAGAAUGAAGAAAGCAAUAGAAGAUGAUGUUUUUAUUCCUCUGUAUCCGAAGAGCACUGUAGAAAACAAAACAUCACCGCAUUCAAAGUUCCAAGAAAGGCAAUUCUGGUCAGGUGUAAAGCUCUUCCGCAAUAUUCUUCUUUGGAAUGGACUCCUCCCAGAUGACACCUUGCAAGAACUAGGACUAGGGAAGCUGCUAAAUCGUUACCUUAUUAUAGCUCUUCUUAAUGCCAUACCUGGGCCAGAGGUUGUUAAAAAGUGCAAACAGAUAGCAGCAUAUUUACCAGAAAAAUGGUUCCAAAACUCUGCCAUGAGAACAUCUAUUCCCCAGCUAGAAAACUUCAUCCAGUUUUUGUUGCAGUUUGCAUAUAAAUUAUCUGGAAGUGAAUUCAGGGAUGAAGUCAAAGAAAUAAUUCCUAUUCUGGUGAAAAUAAAAGCUUUGAAUCAAGCAGAAUCCUUCAUAGAAGAGUAUCACCUAGACCAUCUGAAAUCAGUAGUUAGAGAAGUUUGAACAAACUACAGGAAAGUACUAAUAUGAGAUUUUCACAUAAUCACACUUGCCUCCUUUGCUUGGGGGCUGGGUGGAGCGGGACUCCAUCCUUCCAUUCCCUUCCUCUUAUUUUACCUUCUGGUAUCAUGAAAGCCUGCCCCCCUGUGGUGGUUGCAGAAAUUAAGCACAGGGGUGCACUAACUGUUUAACAUACUCGCUUUGAUUCUUUUCACUUUUCCAGUUGAAGAGAAAUUGGAGAAACCUUGCUGGUUGGGCUUGGUGAGUCUUCUGAACUGCACCAUAAAAACAUCUGUUAUCUUCAUUUUAACUAUCUGUUUACAAAUAAGUUAAAAUGGAAAUCUUAAUUGGAAUGAAUUACUUGCUAAGUGUUAACUGAGUAAAGGUACCUUAAGGCUUUUGAUAACUACUGAUUGUCAAAUUGUACCUUCAGAAAUCUGUACCAGGGACGCCUGGGUGGCUCAGAAGGUUAAUAAGCAUCUGCCUUCAGCUCAGGUCAUGAUCCCAGAGUCCUGGGAUUGAGUCCUGCAUCUGGCUCCUUGCUUGGCUGGGAGCCUGCUUCUUCCUCUCCUGGCCGCUCCCCCUCCUCGUGCUCUGACAAACAAAAGCUUUUAAAAAAAAUCUGUACCAACGUAUUUUGCCAACACAAGUGUAACAGGCCAGUGAACUCCCCCCACCCCCCCCCACCACACCAUAGGUACUAUUUUUAACUCAAGAUUUUUUACAUCUAAAUUUGCAUUAUUUUAAUUAUUCAUUUUGGCUAUUAGAGAGUAAGUACUUGGUUUUUUAAAUAACCCAUUCAUCUUAUGGAUUUGUCAGAACUUUAUAAAGAUAUUGAUGUUUUGCCUAUGUUAUAAUGUCCUCAUUGCCAUUUUUAUUUUAAUUUUGUAUAUGAUGUUUUAGUGUGCUAAGGCCGUACUUGUUAGGGAAGUUCCUAUUUUGUUAGGAAACAGGUAUUUAAAUACUCAGAACAGGUGAUAACCCUGAUAAAAUAUUUGUGUAAUCAAAAAAAAUUGAAAAAGUUACUAGUAAACUCUCAUUUCGAGAAAUCUUUUCUUAAAUCUAUUUAAGUAACUCAAGAGCAACCCUGAAUAUGUAUUUUGUUAAUUAUUGCCCCAAAGAUAAUCAGGAAAAAUUUGAUUAUAUAGGAUUUGAGCAUGUGGCUUCUGCCAUUAUCACCUCUAGUUUUGAAGCUGUGUAUAUUUUAACAGAUUAUUUCUACUGCAGUGAAGACUUGUGAUUCACUAGUAGGAACAGUUGAAAUUUUCUUUUAGUUACACAAAUUAUAUAGGAAUAGGAUCUUCUAGAAAAUUCAAACCAUUACUGAGAGAUAUUUAGCAUUCCUGCACAAUUACUGUCCCAGAGGUAACUGCUCUUUUCAUUUUAAUGUUAUCCUUUCAGACCUUUACUUACACAAACGUGUGUGUUAACAUAAGUGACAGAUCUUUGUUGCAUAUGAAAUUUUUAAUUUUUAUUAAUAAAAUGUGUAUUUGGAAAUUUC